AUGGACGAUGAGCAGAACAGACAACAACAAGAAGACUGGCUCAACAGCCGCAAGAACAGGCUGCCCUCUUUUACAGAAGUCCUCUCUCGAAGGACCCGACCACCCGUUGAUUUAUUCAUGUUCUACAUUUUUCUCCAACGCGAAGGUGCAGAAGAUAUCCUGGACUUCUGGUUGGAUGUCCAGCAGCACGAGAACCUUUGCAGGGCAUACUUCAAAGAUGUCCGAAAGUCAGGCCGGACAAUCAAAGAGGAUUGGCCUCAGUACUGGGAAUACGCACGCCGUCGUGGGUCAAUAUACGGCACAGUCGUCGGACUUCAGCCUAAUGCCGCAAAGCGAAGUAUGACGAGCACAAGCGAUGCUAUCAAUGACCAGGAAAAAAACGCUAACGCUGCUGAGGAGAGGCGCAGUGCUCAGCGUUCUACAACGCCUGGUUAUGAGAAGGAGCACAUCUCAUCCCCUCUCACUGCCAUGAAUACUCCAGAUGCUGAUCCACCACGGUCAACGACACCUUUCUCCCUCUCAAGGCGAACACCAACCCUUUUCAAUCUCAAACGCGCAUCACGUGCGCCAACGGUCAUUCCACGUUCCGCUGCGAUUAAUCGUAUGGACCUCAUCGCAUCCGCUGAGCGCAUCUUCUUCCGGUAUCUCUCUCCCGCUGGCACCGUAGAUUCGCCCGAAAAUCACGAAAUUUACCUCCCUCCUGCCCUCCGUAUACAGACAUUUCCCCUCAGUAGCACUCAAGAGCCGAAAUCACAGGGCGACCUGAACAUGUUGGCACACAUUCCUGAUAUGUUUCAUGCCCAGAAGGAGUACUGCUUUAGGGCAAUGGAGCAAGAUGCUUUCCCGCGUUUUCUGAGGAGUAAAGCGUUUGGAAACCUCACUCCCAUGUCUGCGUUAGUCCGACUCGUCGUCGGUCUCGUUGUGCUAUGGAUCGGCCUUUCCGCCGGCUUCUCCUUGAUAUUUCUUGAUGUACAACCUAAAUCAAAGCGAUUUUUCCUCUUCAUUCCUUUCGCGUUCGCAAUUUUAUUCCUUAUCUCACAUCAAUACGAACUCGACCCGAUACUCUCGACACCGUUCCGUACGCUCACCAUCCGCGAGCCGUAUGUGAAGAGAUUAUUGUUGGGUCGUGCCAUCUGGGUUACGACUCUUGUCUCCACUUGCGUCGUAGCACUCACAUUCCUUUUCUGGGCUGUCCCUGGACAUCGGCUAUAG